CGCAUAAUUAUCACACGUCGUUACAAACAGAUUUCAGGCAGUGUUUCAGACCAGUCGGUUCAAAACAAUCGUGAACAUGCGUUCUUUCGUGGAGUACUCUGCAAACUGUGAUUUUCCUAUUGAAAAUCUUCCUUAUGGUGUCUUUUCAACAAAAAACAAUCCUCAGAAGAGAAUAGGAGUUGCAAUUGGAGAUGAAAUCUUAGACCUAUCUCUUAUUUCGAAUCUCUUCGAUGGGCCAUUGUUAAAAAAUAAUCAAGAUGUGUUUCGUCGCGAUUACCUCAACGAUUUCAUGGCUUUGGGAAGACCCAGCUGGGUAGAAGCCAGAAACAAGCUUCAAGAUUUGCUAUCAGCCAGUAAUCCUACUUUGCAGGAACCCAAUACUCGUUCCAAAGUAUUCGUGAAACAAAAUGAAGCAACCAUGCAUCUCCCAGCAAAGAUUGGUGACUACACAGACUUUUAUUCAUCCAUUUACCAUGCCACAAAUGUUGGCAUGAUGUUUCGUGGAAAACAAGACGCUUUAAUGCCAAAUUGGAAAUAUUUACCCGUUGGUUACCACGGAAGAGCAAGCUCGGUAGUUGCCUCUGGCACACCGAUAAGAAGACCACGUGGCCAGACACUUCCGGUGGAAGGUGCAGCCCCAGUUUUCGGUCCUUCCAGGUCAAUGGACUUCGAACUGGAAGUAGCUUUCUUCGUUGGAGGACCUCCGACCAAGUUGAGUGACCCGGUCCCAAUAUCUAAAGCUUACGAUCAUAUCUUUGGAAUGGUCACCAUGAACGACUGGAGUGCAAGAGAUAUACAGAAGUGGGAGUACGUUCCUUUGGGUCCUUUUGGAGCAAAAAAUUUGGGAACGACUAUAUCUCCUUGGGUGGUCACUAUGGAGGCCCUGGAACCUUUUAAAGUACCCAAUUUUCCUCAGGAUCCAAUCCCAUUUCCGUAUCUGCGUCACAGUGAACCUUGCAACUUUGACAUGAAAUUAGAAGUUGAUAUAAAAUCUCCGAGCGGUGUCGUUACCACGGUUUGUCGCAGUAACUACAAGUACAUGUACUGGACACCCCGACAGCAAUUAGCUCACCACACCGUAACAGGAUGCAAUAUCAAUCCAGGGGAUUUAAUGGCUUCCGGUACGAUAAGUGGCGAGACUCCUGAUUCUUUCGGUUCCAUGCUCGAGCUCGCUUGGAAAGGUACCCGACCUGUACCGUUACUGGAUGGUACCAACAGGAAGUUCCUGCAAGACGGUGACGAAGUGAUCAUUCGAGGUUACUGUGUCGGCGAUGGCUAUAGAAUUGGCUUCGGAACUUGUUCAGGAAAAUUAUUGCCUGCUUACACUGAAUAAUUGUUUUCUUUCUUUCGUUUCUGGUAUUUGAGAUUAUAGUGCAAAUACGUAUGAUUGUUUUCAUUUUUUUAUUGUAUUGUAUAUGAUGAAGAGAAUAAAGGAUUGAGAUGA